UUCCUCCUCCUCCUCCUCCUACCGAAGAAGAAGAAUCUCUCCUCCACUCCUUUUCCCCCAUUUCUUUCUUUCCUUUUGAAACCCUAAACCAGAAGCACCCAAUUUUGUUUCUACUUUUCUUUUCUCUCAGAAAUAUAUAAGAAAAUUAAAACCCCAACUUGUGCUCUCUCGAGGGUUUUGUUUAUUCCCUCUCAUCUUUGGAUUUUCCUGUGUCGUCAUUUCGGAAGCUUACCCACCAGCGAAAUCUAACUAUUCUCUCUUCUGCAUGCGAAAAAUCCCGCCGGGCUGAUCCUCACAGUUCACCUUCGUUCCCGGCUGAUUACGCCGGUGGAUUCUAUGGUUGGUGGUCCAGAUUCGUUUCCUGUUGUUUGUGCAUCUGCUGGAGGAUAAAUGCUCCUUGUUUUGGAUCUAGGGAUUUCGACUCUUGUCCUCGUGAUCUCUAUUGUUCUACCUUUGAUCGGCUUCACUGUUCGUCACAAAUGGAGGGUCGCGGCCCAAAGAAGGGAAGAGAUUAGACGACUUCUUAUUCAUGCCUCUCAAGAGGCUGAUAGGGCUGAGCGAGAGGCUUCUGUUGAGUUCUCUUCUGUUGCCGUCUCUAAUGUCUUCCAUUGUCCUGUCUGCUAUUGUCUUGCCACCACUCGAUGCUCUCGCUGCAAAUCCGUUCGGUACUGUUCUGGGAAAUGUCAAAUCAUUCACUGGCGGCAAGGUCACAAAGAUGAAUGUCUUCCUGCUUCCAUUAUAUAUGAUAAUGAAGAUGAGAAAAGUGAUUCUGAUCUGAGUUGCAGAGAAGAAAAUGAACAGAAUACUCUUGAUGAAACUUUAUUGGUGCAUCCAGUACCAGAUUCUAUGCCUAGUGGGGAAGCAAUAUUCUCUAAUCCUGCUAAAUCUCCGGAAGAUGGAAAUGGAGAUUUUGCAGAUAACAAAGAUGACCUUAUAGAUAAGGAAGAAGCUGUUUCUGUUGCUGAAACAUCUGGAUCCUCGUUUUCUGGUUUCUCCUCCUCCCCUCGUAAUGAUUCUGGUGAUGAGAUUUCUUCUCGCUGUGAUAGCUUCAGUUCAUCUGAUUCCGAGAGAUCAGAAUCCCCACUUGAUGCUCAUGUUUCUGCAGAGUCAGAGGAGACCUGUUUCAACACCAUAGAUGAUGUUCCAUCCAAACCGUUGUCUCCUAAAUUCGUGCAUUUGGUUGAGUCUGUAGAUAACCUCGCUAGUUUGCCUAAAUUAAGUCUGCAUAAUCCUGGUGGUGAUACUGGGCAGAACCAUAUCCAAUCAAGUAGCUUACACUCAUUAGUUACGGAUAGGUAUCCAGGAUCCGCUGACCCGUCUCCUCUGAAGUCAUCUGAUUUUUGGGGUACGGCUCUUGGAUCAGCAGAAUGUCUGAGUGAGAAUUGUGAUAGUUCUAAAUCUGAUGGACCUGGUAAUUCCUCUCUGCAUUUCUCCUUUGGCUCCUCCAGUGACACUUCAGCUGCUAAAGUCUCUGGGCUUAAGAGUAGCAUUUCAGAAGAAGCUCCCAGGUAUUCAGAAGAAGCUCCCAGGACUGUAUCAGUGAGUUCUUCUGUUGAAGUGAAUGUAAAAGAAAGAAAGGCUAAAAGAUCUGUUAAAGCUGAAACUUCGUUACCAACUUUUGCUUCUACUGAUGCGCCAAGGUCUUUAGGCACUACUGAUUUGUCCCCUAUGAUCCUUCAGAAGUCAAAGAGUGCCAGUAGUGAAAGUCGCUGUAUGUUGGCCCCUAGGAAGGUUGGGGAAGUCCAAAUUUUGGCAUCGAAGGCCUCAAAUGCUAGGGAGUAUACUGAUGUUAUGAAACAUUCUCCUCUAGGUGCAAAAACUGGAAGAGUUCUUGACCAUCAGAAACAGAAUGGUGUUGCCGUUCACCCUAUAAAUUCUCUACAUGGACGAAGUGGUUUGAAGGCAUCAGUACUUAAAGUUGUAGACCAGUGGACUAGACCGAAAUCAUCAGCUGAGAAUGAGAUGGCAGGAAGACAUGGUCAUAAGGGGCUCUUUCCAUACGAAGACUUUUCUAAGCUGUAUACAAAUAAAAUUGAGUUCCAGCCUUGUGGCCUCAUCAAUGUUGGCAAUAGCUGCUUUGCUAAUGUCGUCUUCCAAUGCCUGAUGUUCACGCCUCCUUUGACGGCAUACUUCCUCCAGCAGUUGCAUUCUAGAGCAUGUCCAAACAAAGAACAGUGCUUCACCUGUGGGUUUGAGAAGCUGGUCUUAAAGGCAAAAGAAGGGAAGGCUCCACUGUCCCCUAAUGGGUUGCUGUCUCAGUUGAAGAGUAUUGGAAUCUUUCUUGGGAAUGGCAAGGAAGAAGAUGCACAUGAAUUCCUUAGGUUUGUUGUCGACACAAUGCAGUCUGUGUGCAUUAAGGCAUCUAAAUAUGAUAAGCCGAAGACCAGCAAAUUAGAAGAUACAACUCUUAUUGGUUUGACAUUUGGGGGAUACCUCCGAUCAAAGAUUAAAUGCAUGAAAUGUCAAGGAAAAUCUGAGCUUCACGAGAAAAUGAUGGAUCUAACAGUUGAGAUUGAUGGGGAUAUUAGCACCUUGGAUGAUGCUUUGCGUCGAUUUACAAGGACUGAGAUAUUGGAUGGAGAAAACAAAUACAGAUGUGGCAGCUGUAAAUCCUAUGAGAGAGCCAAAAAGAAGCUGAAAAUUACGGAACCUCCUAAUGUCCUUACAAUUGCACUAAAACGAUUCCAGGCAGGGAAAUUCGGGAAGCUCAAUAAGUUGAUAAGGUUUCCAGAAACUCUAGAUUUGGCUCCAUAUGUCAGCGGAGGAAGUGAAAAAUCACAUGACUACAAACUCUAUGGAGUUAUUGUUCACUUGGAUAUAAUGAAUGCGGCGUUUUCUGGCCACUAUGUCUGCUAUAUCAGAAAUCAAAAUAAGUGGUACAAGGCUGAUGAUAGCACGGUAGUAACUUCUGACGUUGAAAGGAUCUUGACAAAGGGAGCGUAUAUGUUGUUCUACGCAAGGUGCUCUCCAAUGUCUCCAAGAUUAAUAGUGUGUACCAAAUCUGAAGGAUCCCAUAAAAAAAGCAGAGUGCCAAUACCUAAGGCUAGUGAGAAAAGUAGCAUAUCAGUGCCACGGUCUGUGUCUACUUCAAGUCCUCUGUUGUCUUCCAACACUCCCGGUGGUGGUCGAUCUGGCAAUAUACAGUCGUUUUAUUCCAGUUUCCAGAGGCUGCAGAAAAUUUUAGAAGAUGAUUCAUCAAGUGACAGUUCUUCUCUAUUUGACAGCAACUCAGAUGAAUGCUCUUGUAGCACAGACAGCACAAGCAUGGAUGAUUUUGCUGAUUUCAUUUUUGGAGAUCAUCAAGGACGUGCCCACGGACAGUCCGAGGCUCCUUCACCAACAUCAUCGUCUUCCUCGUCUUCUCCUCUCUUCACAAGGCAUUCGCCGCUGAGUCGUUCUUCUCCAGAAACUAACGGAACCUCAAGACAUCAGUUGCCCUUGGGAGGAGAAAGGUGAGAGGGAAACGAUGGUUUUUUGUCCACCGCGCCAAUUAAGUCAAAGUAGUAGAACAAAGUAGAUUGAUUACACGUAGAUGGAGUGGUCUUAUUAACAAACCCUAGGCUUGGUGAAAGUGGUUAAUGGGAAGUGGUAUAUAGUAGUGUAUAGUGGGGAAAAGAGAUUUUGCCCAUGAAAAUGUAUCACGUAAUGGAAGAGAAUUUUACGUUUGUUAAUAAGUUGUUUUGAUUUUAACUAUAAUCAUCAAUAAAGCUAAUCUAAUUGUGUCUCAA